AUGCCGACAUGUACAGAUUUUCGAGUGGCGCUGGCUGACAUCGACGCAGGAUACUUACUAAGUUUGUCUUCCAAGACAGUUUACUAUACAAGGGUGCACCGCUAUGUGUACCUAAAGAUGGUGAUCACGUACAAUGGAUCCAGGAAGCCCUACUUCCAAAGUGGCAGCAACUUGCUCGCCAUCAACGCCGCGUUGGCUCCGCCGGUCGAUAGCGGCGGUUUCGUCAACAGGCGGCUCCUGCAGCAGCACUUCUCGCCGGCGGCGGCGGCGGCGACCGACGCUGACGUCGUGGUGGCGAAAGACGGGUCGGGGGAUUACUGGACGAUAUCGGAGGCCGUCGCUGCCGCCGCGGCGAGGAGGAAGAGGGGCAGCGACGGGGCGCGGCGGUUCGUGAUUUACGUGAAAGAAGGGGUGUACGACGAGAAUGUGCGGGUAACGUACGACGUGCCGAACCUCGUGAUGAUCGGAGAUGGCGUCGACCGGACGGUCGUCACCGGGAGCCGCAGCGUCGGCGACGGGUCAACGACGUACUCCUCGGCAACGUUCUCGGUGGCCGGCGACGGGUUCAUCGCGCGAGGGAUCACCUUCGAGAACACGGCGGGGCCGCAGAUGUACCAGGCGGUUGCCGCCUGCGUCGAGUCGGAUCUCGCGGUCUUCUACCAGUGCAGCUUCAGGGGCUACCAGGACACGCUUUACGUCUUCUCUCGCCGCCAGUUCUACCGUGAGUGCGAUAUCUACGGCACAAUUGACUUCGUCUUCGGUGAUGCCGCCGCAAUCCUCCAGAGCUGCAACCUCUACAUUCGGAGACCGUUGGAUGGCCAGAUGAACUCCGUAACGGCCCAAGGACGGUCCGAUCCGAACGAGAACACCGGAAUAAUUGUUCACGGUUCGGUGGUGGCGGCGGCGGCGGAUCUUAGGGCGGUUAGCGGUGCUUUUAAGAGCUAUCUAGGGCGACCGUGGGGAAGCUACUCGAGAACGGUGUUUAUGAAGACAUCGAUGGACGGGUCGAUCGAUCCCGCCGGGUGGCUCCCGUGGAGCGGGAGUUUUGGAUUGAACACUUUGUACUACGGCGAGUACUUGAAUUCGGGCGUGGGAGCGGACACGAGCCGGAGAGUGCGGUGGCCCGGGUAUCAUGUCAUGAGCACCGUCGAGGCAUUGCAGUUCGCCGUCGGGACCUUCGUAGCCGGGGGCGCGUGGAUUGUCGGGGCCGGGGUCCCGGUCACCUUGGGUCUUUAAUGUGAAAUACAGAUUACACUGCUCAAUAUAUCGUAUGUUGCACUUUACUUUCUAGAUCAAAAAAAAUGUUCAUUUAACCU